GUGGGGCUUCUGAGGCCGGCUCGGCUGGGACCGGGCGCUCACGGUCAGCUGACCGGCCGCCAUCUUGUCCGCCAUUUGCAAGUGGCCCGGAGCAAGAUCGCGGCACCUGCCGAGCGGGUUGCCACCUCUGCGGCGGUCCUUGGACCCCGCCGCCGCCCUGGCCUGGGAGCCUGCCCCGCCGCAGCGGCCGGCAGCGCAGCGCUCCGCGGGCGGCAGGCGCGGACCCCAGGCCCCCUCACGGCGCCCAGCCGCGGGCCUCCCGGGGCAAAAGCCCGUGGGCCGCCGCGAUGGCCCUCAAGAUGGUGAAGGGCAGCAUUGACCGCAUGUUCGACAAGAAUCUGCAGGACUUGGUCCGCGGCAUCCGUAACCACAAGGAGGACGAGGCAAAAUACAUCUCUCAGUGCAUCGAUGAGAUCAAGCAGGAGCUGAAGCAGGACAACAUCGCGGUGAAGGCGAACGCGGUCUGCAAGCUGACGUAUUUACAGAUGUUGGGAUACGACAUCAGCUGGGCCGCCUUCAACAUCAUAGAAGUGAUGAGUGCUUCCAAGUUCACCUUCAAGCGAAUCGGCUACCUCGCUGCUUCCCAGAGCUUUCACGAAGGCACCGACGUCAUCAUGCUGACCACCAAUCAGAUCCGUAAGGACCUGAGCAGCCCUAGCCAGUACGACACAGGCGUUGCACUGACGGGUCUGUCCUGCUUCGUCACCCCAGACCUUGCCAGAGACCUGGCAAAUGACAUCAUGACACUGAUGUCGCACACCAAGCCCUACAUCAGGAAGAAGGCCGUGCUGAUCAUGUACAAGGUGUUCCUGAAGUACCCUGAGUCGCUGCGCCCCGCCUUUCCCCGGCUGAAGGAGAAGCUGGAGGACCCCGACCCUGGGGUUCAGUCUGCUGCCGUCAACGUCAUCUGCGAGCUGGCCAGACGUAACCCUAAGAACUACCUGUCCCUGGCCCCGCUCUUCUUCAAGCUGAUGACGUCCUCCACCAACAACUGGGUCCUCAUCAAGAUCAUCAAGCUGUUUGGUGCUCUGACUCCUUUGGAGCCUCGGCUGGGCAAGAAGCUCAUCGAGCCCCUCACCAACCUCAUCCACAGCACGUCUGCCAUGUCCCUCCUCUACGAAUGUGUGAACACCGUGAUUGCAGUGCUCAUCUCCCUGUCCUCUGGCAUGCCCAACCACAGCGCCAGCAUCCAGCUUUGUGUUCAGAAAUUAAGGAUAUUGAUCGAGGACUCCGAUCAGAACUUGAAGUACCUGGGGCUGCUGGCCAUGUCCAAGAUCCUGAAGACCCACCCUAAGUCCGUGCAGUCCCACAAGGACCUCAUCCUGCAGUGCCUGGAUGACAAGGACGAGUCCAUCCGGCUGCGGGCCCUCGACCUGCUCUAUGGGAUGGUGUCCAAGAAGAACCUGAUGGAGAUCGUGAAGAAGCUGAUGACCCACGUGGACAAGGCAGAGGGCACCACCUACCGAGACGAGCUGCUCACCAAGAUCAUCGACAUCUGCAGCCAGUCCAACUACCAGUACAUCACCAACUUCGAGUGGUACAUCAGCAUCCUGGUGGAGCUGACCCGGCUGGAGGGCACGCGGCACGGCCACCUCAUCGCUGCCCAGAUGCUGGACGUGGCCAUCCGUGUGAAGGCCAUCCGCAAGUUCGCCGUCUCCCAGAUGUCCGCGCUGCUCGACAGCGCACACCUGCUGGCCAGCAGCACCCAGCGGAACGGGAUCUGCGAGGUGCUCUACGCUGCUGCCUGGAUCUGCGGGGAGUUCUCAGAGCAUCUGCAGGAACCGCACCACACUCUGGAGGCCAUGCUACGGCCCAAAGUCACCACGCUGCCAGGCCACAUCCAGGCCGUGUAUGUGCAGAACGUGGUCAAGCUGUACGCCAACAUCCUGCAGCAGAAGGAGCAGGCCGGGGAGGCAGAGGGCGCCCAGGCCGUCACCCAACUCAUGGUGGACCGGCUGCCCCAGUUUGUGCAGAGCGCAGACCUGGAGGUGCAGGAGCGGGCGUCCUGCAUCCUGCAGCUGGUCAAGCAUAUCCAGAAGCUUCAGGCCAAGGACGUGCCCGUGGCGGAGGAGGUCAGCACUCUCUUUGCUGGGGAGCUGAACCCAGUGGCCCCCAAGGCCCAGAAGAAGGUUCCAGUCCCUGAAGGCCUGGACCUAGACGCCUGGAUCAACGAGCCACUCUCGGACAGCGAGUCAGAGGACGAGAGGCCCAGGGCCGUCUUCCACGAGGAAGAGCAGCGGCGCCCCAAGCACCGGCCGUCCGAGGCAGACGAGGAAGAGCUGGCUCGGCGCCGAGAGGCCCGGAAGCAGGAGCAGGCCAACAACCCCUUCUACAUCAAGAGCUCGCCGUCGCCACAGAAGCGGUACCAGGACGCCCCGGGCGUGGAACACAUUCCCGUGGUGCAGAUCGACCUCUCCGUCCCGUUGAAGGUUCCAGGGCUGCCCAUGUCGGACCAGUACGUGAAGCUGGAGGAGGAGCGGCGGCACCGGCAGAAGCUGGAGAAGGACAAGAGGAGGAAAAAGAGGAAGGAGAAGGAGAAGAAGGGCAAGCGCCGCCACAGCUCGCUGCCCACGGAGAGCGACGAGGACAUUGCCCCUGCCCAGCAGGUGGACAUUGUCACGGAGGAGAUGCCUGAGAACGCUCUGCCCAGCGAUGAGGAUGACAAAGACCCCAAUGAUCCCUACAGGGCUCUGGACAUUGACCUGGAUAAGCCCUUAGCCGACAGCGAGAAGCUGCCUAUUCAGAAACACAGAAACGCCGAGACCUCAAAAUCCCCCGAGAAGGACGUUCCCGUGGUAGAAAAGAAGAGCAAGAAACCCAAGAAGAAAGAGAAAAAGCACAAAGAGAAAGAGAGAGACAAGGAGAAGAAGAAGCAGAAGGAGAAGAAGGCUGAGGACCUGGACUUCUGGCUGUCCACCACCCCACCACCUGCCCCCGCCCCCGCCCCUGCUCCAUCCACGGAGGAGCUCAGUGUGAACGCUGUCACUACCCCGAAGCACGAGUGUGAAGACGCCAAGACGGAGGCGCAGGACGAGGAGGACAACGCUGAGGGGCAAGACCAGGACAAGAAAUCUCCCAAGCAUAAGAAGAAGAAGCACAAGAAGGAGAAGGAGGAGCGCACCAAAGGCAAGAAGAAGUCCAAGAAGCAGCCCCUGGGCAGCGAGGAGGCGGAGGCGGCGGGGGAGCCGGUGCAGAACGGCGCAGCAGAGGAGGAGCCGCUCCCGCCUGAGUCCAGCUACUCCCUCCUCGCUGAAAAUUCCUAUGUUAAAAUGACCUGUGACAUCCGGGGCAGUCUGCAGGAGGACAGUCAGGUUACUGUGGCCAUCGUGCUGGAGAACCGGAGCAGCAGCAUCCUCAAGGGCAUGGAGCUCAGCGUGCUGGACUCACUCAAUGCCAGGAUGGCCCGGCCGCAGGGCUCCUCCGUCCAUGAUGGUGUCCCCGUGCCUUUCCAGCUGCCCCCGGGCGUCUCCAACGAAGCCCAGUAUGUGUUCACCAUCCAGAGCAUCGUCAUGGCGCAGAAGCUCAAGGGAACCCUGUCCUUCAUUGCCAAGAAUGACGAGGGCGCAACCCACGAGAAGCUGGACUUCCGGCUGCACUUCAGCUGCAGCUCCUACCUGACCACCACACCCUGCUACAGUGACGCCUUUGCCAAGUUGCUGGAGUCUGGGGACUUGAGCAUGAGCUCAGUCAAAGUCGAUGGCAUUCGGAUGUCCUUCCAGAACCUUCUGGCAAAGAUCUGUUUUCACCACCAUUUUUCUGUUGUGGAGCGAGUGGACUCCUGCGCCUCCAUGUACAGCCGCUCCAUCCAGGGCCACCACGUCUGCCUCCUGGUGAAAAAGGGGGAGAACUCUGUCUCGGUCGAUGGGAAGUGCAGUGACUCCACGCUGCUGAGCAACUUGUUAGAAGAGAUGAAGGCGACGCUGGCCAAGUGUUGAGAGCUGCCUGCGAGCCCCGCCCACCCGGGGACCGCAGCCCUGACGUGUCUCGCCUCUCCUCGGUCGUGUGUACUGUACGCAAGCCUGAGUGUUAAUUUAAUUAACUCCUUGUUGUCGCCCGCCGUGUAGACGUCCGAGGUCGUACGUUGCGUUGAAUUAUCCGACCGUCCUUUUUUACUGUGACUCUUCCCACUCUCUUUGGCAGGAAGUCCCCUUCACGUCCCCAGACCAGCAAGGGCCCCCCCCCACCUGGCCUGUGCCUGCCCCGCGCUGGAGGCCGAGUCCUUGAAUGUGGCUUCAGGGGCUCCUGUCCUGGGCCAGGGCCCAACGGGCACCACAUGAGGGGCACUUGGUGGACAGGGCGGGGCUGACGUGGCUUCCUCUGGGGUCACCUGCUUUUGUCCCAAAGGUCCUGACAGUGGCGUCCGGGGUAGGGCAAGGAAGGGCCGCUGUUGCCAAGGUUUUCUGUCCCAGGACCCACGGUGGGAAAGCGGUUUUGCCGGGCGUUGUCCAUCGUCAGUGUGCUCGUGGGCUGGUGGCUGGGCCCUGGGAUCCCAGGCCACGCACCAGCCAGGCUGUGGGCAGGGAGGGGCCAGGGACGCCGAAGAGAGGAUGCCGUGAGAACCAUGGACCGGGCGGGAUGAGGCCUCUGCCACCAGUUUUCCUGGUCAGCAGAAGUGCAGCUCGACGAGCUUAGGUUUGGGGUGGGGGUGUGUGGUCGCGUCCCCUGCUUGCCACUGUGCGCACCAAGGUUUCCCCACGUCCUUCCCAGCACUGUUAGGAAGGCCCGGGCAGGGCCUGGAAGCACCCGACCCGGGCUGUUCUCCUGUGUUGAAGGAGUGUGCCCAGUGCCCUUGGGCAGGACCUGGGAGAGCCCCCACCAGGCAGGGCAAGGGGACUCCGCUCAAUCCCCGUGGCCAGCGUGGGCACAGGACUGACCCUUCCUCAGAGAUAAUGACAUUUUAUCUUUUCCUUUUGAUGAAAACUGUCACUUUAGCAUGUAAUCUAUUACAGAAUCCCGUGCAGUGAUUCUAGGAUUUGAAAUUAUAUGAUGUGUUACAUAAGAAUUUAUUUGCUAUCGACAUUCCCGUAUAAAGAAGAGAGACAUAUCACGCUGCUGUCAUGAUUUUGUGUCAAGAUGAUCCAAUAAAGUUGUAAAACAGGCAUUUCCA